UGGGUGCUCGCUCCGUUCUCUCUGCCGCUGCCGCUUCCUCCACCGCGCCAUGCAGCGCAAAACCUGGGCCUCCGCGCCUGCGGCCUUUGCCGCCAUGUCGCCCCGCUCGGGUUCGCGACCGUUGGUCGCCCGGCAACCGGAGGCAAGCGAACGGGCGGGCGACGCCGAGCCGGACUCUGCGGGCGGCCUUCGGGGCAGCAAGUUGUGCGAAGAGGGCAGAAGUUGGCGGUUAUUUUCAAAGGGCGGUCAAAGGGGGUGCCCUUCGAUUCGGGGUGCGGGAUGUCAGUGGUCGGAGUCCCGGUCGUCAACGACCGCAGCUCCAGGGAGGCUCGGGAGUUCCACCAGCUCAAGCAGCGUGCGGCCGAGUAUUACCGGAGCAACGCGGUGCCGCAGAGAAUGCAGCAGGUGCUCAACACCAUGUUCUAUGAGAAACCCGACGAUGUUUACGGUCACCUGGCAAAUUAUUUUGCCAGCUUUGCAAAGCCAGCUGCAAUAAGCAGAAUUAUUGGAAGAGAAAUACUGGAUAUAAACAGCCAAUCGACUGUAGAGGUGGAGGUAUUAUGUACUAUAAAGAAUUUUGAGAAGAGUGUAUGUUUUGCUGCAAUGUCUAAUUGUUGUAGUGACCCUAACUAUACAACCCAAGGUGCUGGUGAUAAUGAUAAUGAGCAAAAAAAUCAAUCUGUCGAGAUUGCCUUGGAAUGGAUCAAUGAACCAUUGAACUCCUUGCUGAAAGGGCUUUUACCAGCUAACCAGACACAUGUGGACAAGCUGCUGAGUGACUAUUUUUGGAGAAAAGUGGAAGAAGAUGAAGAGCAAAGAAAAAAGGAUGAUGAAGAAGAAAAACCUGAAGAGCCUGAAUUACCCCCUCCAGCUCUUAGUGCUCCUGUUGGAGGCAAGAAAAAGAAAAGUCCUAAAGGCAAAAGGAGUAUUGUUCCAGAAAAAACAAUCAAUCCCCGUUACCCACCAGAACCACCAUUUCCCGGCAGUGUAGCAAUUGGUGUGGUAUCGCUGGCAAUAGCCAAGGCUGCAGCCAGACUUCAGAACACGUAUUUGUAUUUACAUAUUGCCUCACUGAACCAAGCAGAGGAACCCCCAAAAGAGAUGAGAAUGCCACUUCCCUUGAUAAGUUUACUUGACUGUGGGAAGUCAUCUGGUGGAAAAUUAAGAUUGCUGAAGGAAGUGAUAGCAGUUCCAAAACCUGGUCUUGGUUAUAAAAAGAGUCUCAAAAUGAUGAGAGAUCUUCAGCAAGAAAUCACCAAAUGGAUGUUUGCACCAAAAUCUGGACCUGCAGCAAUGUCUCACUUGGGCUGCUGGAAGAAAGGAUAUGAUCGUAUAGAACAACCUUUUGAGAUGAUCCAAGAGGCAUGUACCGCACUACAAUUGACACUGGGGGAGGAUCUGCAUUUGAUGCUCAACUGUGGUGCACAUGAACUGAUGGAUUAUGAAAAACAGAAAUAUGAAGUUAUAAUGGGAGUAUUAAAACAUCCUGAUGAUAUGAUAGAGUUCUACACAAACUUGGUAGAGCAGUACCCAUCAAUUAUUGGUCUGAUAGACCCUCUUCGGAAAGAGGAUGUUGAACAAUGGAGUAAGCUAUGCAGUCUUCUUAGUCCCCGGUGUUAUAUCUUGGCUGAUGCAGCUUCAAGGUCAAUAGACAAGCUCCUAACAGAUGGCCUGGGUGCAAAUCAAUACAGUGGUUUGGUCUUGAAACAUGCCAAUCAAACUACAAUUUCAAAUUUAAUUCAUGUGGCAAAAUUGAUGGAAGAAAAUGGGUUCAGAUUUAUACCAGGUCUGACAGAUGAAGAGACCACUGACAACAGCAUAGCUGACAUCGCUGUUGGUCUAGGGGCCAGGUUCAUCAAACUGGGAGGUCUAUGUCAUGGAGAGCGGGUGGCAAAAUACAACCGUCUGCUAGCCAUUGAAGAAGAAUUGGCUCAGAGGGGAGCAUUGGGUGAAUCAUCUGAACAUCAAUUUCCUGUCAUUGCUGAAGAGGAGAAAGAUCUUAAUCCAGAACAGACAGAACCUAAGCAAUUAAGUUAGACUGCAGGCACACUAUUUGAAGCAGUAGUCUCAAUAUCAAUGCAGUUUAUUUGAAGACGAAUCAAGAAUCGUCCCAAGCUAAUGGUGACAUAUAUGAAGGUGAUUGUAGAAAUUACUUCAACUGAUACUGCAAUUAACAUUUUUAUACCUUCUUAUAGUAAUCACCUGAUACAUAAAGGCAAUGUUAAUUCACUACACAAAUUGCAAUAUUUUCAUAACUUGUAAAAGUGUUUAGAGUAUUUUGCCUUUGCUAAACUGGAGGAAUUUCUGAGUGAAGUUACACUGUCAUUUAAUAUUGAAGCAAAUUAGCUUUAAUCACCAUUGAUGAGAUUCCCAAGUACAUUACAUUGAAGUCAAACAUUAGCAGGCAGUUUCUAGAAGGUAGUCUUGCUCAUUUUUUAUCAAUUCAGUACAAUCAUAACCAAUUGAUGGUGACUUUAUAUUUUUAACUGCUGUAAAUGUUAUUGAUUGUAUUUGCACUAUGUUUAAAAACAAAUCAUCUGUCCAAAUAUUCCUUUUGUACAAAUUCUUUGUCAUUAACUCAGUGCCAGUUGUGCGUUGCACUUGAUAGAUACCAAUCAGAAACCAGUGUCUGCAGCAAUGUAUGCAGGCUAAGAAUGUACUGUGAUUAAAUAUUGCAUUUCCAUAUUCCUAAAUCCUACACCAUUUAUUAUCAUUAACGGGCACCAGAUCUAUUAGUUUUGCAUUCCCUAUUAGAAGCAAAAUGUUACAUUAAAUAUAUUCUCAUUUAUGUCAACUCAACACAAUUUUGCAUAUAUCAGAUUCUGAAAAAACUAAAGAUGUGCUUUUCUUGGUUACCCAUCAUGAUUAUUAUAGAAUUGUUCCAUUUUUAUAUAGGCUGUCACCAGGUAAAAAAAAAACAAGUUCCAUAUCAGAAUCAGAUUUAUUAUCACUGACAUAUGACAUAAAAUUUGUUGUUUUGCGGCAGCUGUCCUUAAAACGUCCAUAGGUCGCUUUUGUCCAAGUUGGAAAAUACAAAAAAAAUCACUUGUAUUGUAACCAUACCUCCACAGUAUUUGUAAUGAAUGGCGUCAAAAGCGCACAAGACUGAAAAGAAAGAACAAUUACUAAAAGUGGGGAGAGGGGAAACUAGUUAUGCCAUUUGCAGUAACGAGCAUAUAUGUAUGAACUUUGGACUUUUGAAUCUAACAUAAGAUCUUUAUUAUUAGUCACACGUAUAUCGAAACACACAGUGAAAUGUAUCUUUUGCGUAGAGUGUUCUGGGGGCAGCCCGCAAGUGUCGCCAUGCUUCCGGCGCAGACAUAGCAUGCCCACAAUUUCCUAACCCAUACCUCUUUGGAAUGUGGGAGGAAACCGGAACACCCGGAGGAAACCCACGCAGACAUGGGGAGAAUGUACAAACUCCUUACAGACAGUGGCCGGAAUUGAACUCGGGUCACUGGUGCUGUAAUAGUGUUACGCUAACCGCUACACUAUCAUCAUAAUAUUAUGGAAGUUUGUUUGUUUGUACAGGUGUCCAUACAUCAGGUGCUUGUAGCCUGGGGACAGCUUGUAUAGCUGGAGACACAAGUGACUGCAGAUGCUGAAAUCCAGAGCAACACACAAAGCACUGGAGGAACUCAGCGGGUUAGGCAGCAUCUAUGGAAGGAAAUGGAGUUUCCCUAUAGACCCCAGAUGAUGGGUCUUGACCCAAAAUGUCAACUGUCCAUUUCCCUCUAUAGGUGGUCCCUGACCCACUGAGUUCCUCCAGCACUUUGUGUAUUGAGCUUGUAUAGCUGUUUCUCUCCGCUUUCCAAUUUUUCACUCAAGGUCAGUUUCUCCCCCCUGAGUUUAAUAUUUAAUUUUGUAACUAAAAGUAGAGCCAGUUUCCCACUACUAGGAAACAGUAAUGGGUAGAAUUAUCAGUCAUUCUGUUUUAGAGUUGGUAGAGGGGCGAAUGUCAACAAGGAGAUAAAAAGUGCUACAGAAUGUUUUAUGUUUCUUGGACAGUUAGUUAAGGAGGAUCUUAGUUUUAUUGUUCCAUCCAGAAGUCAGCAUCUCCGUCAAAGCUCUGCACCCCCAGUGAUGGAAGUGAAAUUAACCCUUUCAACAAUACUUACAAAACAAAGUUGGCCACCUGUAAUAGUGGAAGAUACAAAUAUCUAAUUAAUUGCAUGCAGUAAAUCAUUUUAUCAUAAAGACUGUAGAAGAUUUCUACCUCUAUUACUUUUGCAUUUUAUAGUUUUAUUCUCAUUGCUGCAUAUUCAGCAAGUGACUUUUGGAAAAUGCUCCCAAUUUUCAAAGCUCUCUUUAAAAGUAAUGGGUUUUGCUGUGGUGCAUCAGACUGUGCAAUCUCAGCCUUGCUAUAUCUAACAAAACGUAUACCUAAGUUUUGUUAUAUAUGAAACUUGAUAGUGACUAGAAGGUGGCUAUUUGCCAUCAAGACCAACCCUAGCCUUACGAUUACCAGUGGUUAAUUUCAAGCAGAAACAUGUCUUGGCAAGCCUUCUGUCAUUCUGAAUAGACCAGCUAUGGAACAUAGAACACUACAGCAUAGUACAGGCCCUUCGGCCCACAAUGUUGUGCUGACAGUUUAUCCUGCUCUAAGUCUAUCUAACCCUUCCCUCCCACAUAGCCCGCUAUAUUCAAACUCAGUACAAAAUGGCAAUAAAAUUUCUGUACUUCAGGUAACACCCAUAAGAAAUUAUUACUUUAUUCCCAUCAAUCCUAAAUGUGUUAAUUAAUGUUAGGUACAACUUCUCAAGAAAAACAAGUUCUUUGGUAUCUAAUCUAAAUGCCAAAAUAUGUUCACCAGCCUCACUAGUGUACAACCAGUAUGACGGAAAAGGGUCAGAAGCUAUUGGGAGAAGAGUGAUGGCCACCAGCAUCCUACUGUUUUAUCUUUAAGCUGAGAGGAAUACAGCAGGUCCUGCAGUCUCCACUGUAAGGUGCUUAACACGCCUGGGGAGAAAUGGGUCCUCCUUUCCUCACGCAAAAUGUAUGCAUGAACAUCGGCCACCAGUUGUACUCACCACUGCACAAUAGAUCUAUAGAUCUCAAUGUAUAAUACAAUAAAUAUGACAGUGCCUAUUUUCCAACUGAAUUGCAGAAUUUCCUAUAUCUACUUCAUCUUGGGUAAUAAUUUACAAAAUGAGCAACUUGAUGAUUACUUCAUGUUAAAAGGUAAACAGAUUUAUUCAGUGGUUCAUGAUCUUACAAAAUUGAAUGCACACCCAAAUUCAGAAACUUUUCAAAUUUGUUUUCCUGUGUUAAAUUGUCAACAAGGUUGCCUUCUCACCGACCUUUGGUUGCAUAGAGUUGAAGUGCUUUGAUUGAAAAGAUUCUUUGUCAUUUUUGCAUGCAUUUUUUAACCUAUAUAAAAAAUAGAUUUAUUUAAAUAUUACUACAAGAUGCACAGUAUAAACGUGACAAAGCCCUACCACUCUAUACCAAAUGUAUAUUUCUCAGCAUAUAAUUUUCUUUUGGCUGUUACUACAUUCAAAACAAUUAAUAAGUCAAACAAUGCUGCUCCUUGCUUGAGCUCAUUAAAAGAAAAAAAUACUUUCACAGCUGAUUGCUUAACCUUUGUCCCUGAUUUGAGAGAGCCCAAUAGACAUA